AUGUGCCUGCUGCUGCUGCUGCCCAGCGCCCUGCUCCUGCUCGCGGCGGCGCUGUGGUGGCUCCGGGACCGGCGGCGCCUGCCCGCCAGCGAUGCCUUCGUCUUCAUCACCGGCUGCGACUCGGGCUUCGGGCGGCUUCUGGCGCUGCGGCUGGACCGGCGAGGCUUCCGGGUGCUGGCCAGCUGCCUGACGCCCUCGGGGGCCGAGGGGCUGCGGCAAGCGGCCUCCUCCCGCCUCCGCACCACCCUGCUGGACGUCACUGAUGCCGAGAGUGUGCAGGAGGCCGCCAGGUGGGUGCAGACACAGGUCGGGGGAGCAGGGCUCUUCGGCCUGGUGAACAACGCUGGAGUGGCUGGCGUCAUCGGGCCCACGCCGUGGCUGACGCAGGAUGACUUCCAGCGGGUGCUGAGCGUGAACACGCUGGGCCCCAUCGGGGUCACCCUGGCCCUGCUGCCCCCGCUGCUGCAGGCGCGGGGCCGGAUCGUCAACAUCACCAGCGUCCUGGGUCGCCUGGCGGCCAACGGUGGGGGCUACUGUGUCUCCAAGUUUGGCCUGGAGGCCUUCUCGGACAGCCUCAGGAGGGACGUGGCUCCUUUCGGGGUACGAGUAUCCAUCGUGGAGCCUGGCUUCUUCCAGACCCCGGUGACCGACCUACAGAGCCUGGAGGGGGCCCUGCAGGCCUGCUGGGCACAGCUCCCUGCGGCCACGCAGGCCCGCUACGGGGAGGCCUUCCUCGGCAAGUACCUGGACGUGCAGCGGCGUGUCAUGAGCCGCAUCUGUGACCCCGACCUCGCCAAGGUGGGCAGGUGCCUGGAGCACGCCCUGACCGCCCGGCACCCGAGAUCCCGCUACAGCCCCGGCUGGGACGCCAAGCUGCUCUGGCUGCCAGCCUCCUACCUGCCAGCCUGCCUGGUGGACGCUGUGCUCACCUGGGUGCUUCCCAAACCUGCCCAGGCAGUCUGCUGAGUCAGGAAGGCCUCUGCUUUAGUCCUGUGCCCGCCCUGUCACCACGGCCGGGUGUGGGCGCCGAACUGGCACUCAAUAAACGGGUUGUCAA